AUGGCCGUCAUGUCAUGGGUCAUAUACAAACACUGGUCAGAGAUUUCAGAUCUGGUAAAAAAAUUGCAAGAUAUCAGAGUUGACGUUCCAUCGCACUGCAUGUCGACUCCCGCUAAUUCUGGCGGACUGCUUUUCGGUAUGGUUCCGACAUGUGGCCCCUCAGGAUUUGACCGAUUCAUGUUGACUUGCCCCGCCGUUGAAUCUGGCUGUUAUUUCAGAUUUAUCCUUAAAAAACCGAAUUUCUAUUUGUUACUCUUUUUUUCUGUUACAGAAAGACCGGUGUCGUUGCUUCAGAUGCACAGGCGUGGGCCACACAUCAAGAAGAAGAAAAAACGCCAGCCCCUUGACGGGAAACCGUUCAUGAAGGGCGUAGUGCUAAAGACUUUGAUCAAGAAACCGAAAAAACCCAAUUCGGCCAAUAGAAAGUGUGUUCUAGUUAAACUGUCCAACGGCAAAGAAAUGGUCGCGUAUAUACCAGGCAUAGGCCACAAUCUACAGGAACACAAUAUUGUCCUCUGCAGGGUGGGAAGGGUGCCCGAUUGUCCUGGUGUAAAAAUUAAGUGUGUCAGGGGAAAGUACGAUCUUGGUCAUGUGAUUGUAAAUAGGAAGUGAAAAUGUAAUGAGUUUUUUUUUUUUAAAUAAAUUAGUGGUUAUAGUAGCACCUCUCCUACAAUAAAGUUA